GUGUCUAACAUAUUUAUAUAAACCAAGUUCACACAAACAGAAACUUACAUUAAAAUCUUGCGUAGUUUCUCAUCUUACUCUACUUUUUUUCUUUUUAGAAAGAGAAUCUAGGGUUCUUCUUCUUCGUUUUCUCCUCGUGAAGGUUGUAAGGUCUUUUUGUAGCUUUUUUCUUUGGUUUCUUGAGGAAAUUUUGACGGAAUGGGAAGGGGAAGGGUUCAGCUACGGCGGAUCGAGAACAAGAUACGGAGACAAGUGACGUUUUCAAAGCGAAGAACAGGUUUGGUGAAGAAAGCUCAAGAGAUCUCAGUGUUAUGUGAUGCUGAUGUUGCUUUGAUUGUCUUUUCUCCAAAAGGCAAGCUCUUUGAGUACUCUGCUGGCUCCAGCAUGGAGAGAAUUCUGGAUCGAUAUGAGAGGUGUUCAUACGCCGGUCAAGACAUUCCUACACCCAGUUUGGAUUCGCAGGGUGAGUGUUCGACCGAAUGUUCGAAGCUCUUGAGGAUGAUUGAUGCUAUGCAAAUAAGCUUAAGGCACUUAAAAGGAGAAGAGGUAGAUGCUCUAAGUAUCAGAGAGCUUCAGAGUCUGGAGAUGCAACUUGAUACUUCCCUCAGGAGAACUCGCUCUAGAAAGAACCAGCUCAUGGUAGAGUCCUUAGCACAGCUCCAGAAAAAGGAGAAGGAACUCAAAGAACUGAAGAAACAGCUAACAAAGAAGGUUGAUCAAGGUGAAGACAUUGAGCCGCAAAACAUCAGCCAAGGGUUAGACUCAACACCACCAUGUGAGACACCGCACCUGUUGCCAGGACCUAUUUCUCCCCACCCUCCCUUGUCUAUCGGUACUUAUAGGGACACAUCGCAAAUGAAUGAAGUUGGAGAAGAAGAUACCGGAAUCCUAAUUCGCUCGAGGAAUACAACGUUGCCGCACUGGAUGCCUCGGCUCACUGGAGAGUAGAGGUUGAAGGCCAUCUUGGUUUGUUAUUUUCAGUACUUAAAUUUAUAGAAACUAAAUAACUUCUCGGUUUAAGUAGAGAACCAAACCGAAUAUCAUGAAAUAUAUUCGGUUUUGGUAUUCUUAGAACCGGUGUAAGAUGUUCCAAGUUUUUUUUUUUUUUUUUUUUUUU